AUGUCCAGCCCAUCCUCGUCCUCCGUUAAUCAACAAGCGUCACCAGACCAUCUCGACACACAUAGCAAAGCAUCAAAGUCAAGUCAUCCCCCUGACAGUGUGCUUAAUCUGCCUAUCUUGGACCCUAUUCUAUCGGCGUACGCCCAACCCUCAAGUCUCCAUCCCUUAUCAAACGUGAAUGCCGGGUUAGACUAUCUGUCGCUGGAAGAUUCGAAACUGUCGACGAUCGCCGGAAGCCAAUCGGUCCUACCGAAUCGAGGAUGGAGCGAUGAACUAUGCUACGGGACUGGAACGGUCUAUGUGGGCGGCUUAGCAUUCGGUGGCCUCUGGGGAUUCAAGGAAGGUUGGGGGCGCAGUAAGGCCAUCGCUGCUGGUAGGGUCGCCAAAUCGAUGCCUACCUUCUCCACUCCUCCCAAGCCCGCCUCCGGUCUAUCAUCCACAGGGUCUGCCGCAGGAAUGAGCACAGCAGCUUCCGGUGCCUCUGUAGGCGCUGCAUCAGCAACUCACUCAAGCUCAUUAGGCUCGAUCAGCUGGCGGCUGAGAUUGAACGCAAUCUUGAAUGGUAUUACCCGAAGGGGCAGUUUUACCGGAAAUACCUGCGGAAUCCUUGCUGUCAUGUACAAUGCUUUCAACUGCACACUUGAUCGGCAGCGAGGCCAACACGACCAAUGGAACUCGGUGAUCGCCGGAGCAUUAACCGGUGCUUUGUUUCGCUGCACAGCCGGGCUCCAAAAAAUGUUCAUUGCUUCUUCCCUGAUGGCGGCAGGUGCCAUGGGAUGGUCAGCCAUCAAACCGACAUUGAUUCAGAAAUAA